AUGAUGUGCAACUUCAUUAUUCACGAAAGAUGUGUGUCGCAGGUUGUGACACCAUGCUACGGCGUAGCUCCCAGCUUGAUCAAGAAUCCGGUCGCACAUUGCUGGUCGGAGCCGAUGCAACAUCGCAAAAAAUAUUACUGCACAGUUUGCCGAAAAAGAAUCGAUGAAACACUCCACCCACAUUGCAUGAUUUGUGAAUACUACGUGCACACGGAAUGUUUGGACUUCGCCGUGGCGGAUUGCAAAGAGAACGCAACUUACCUGCCUGGCAAGGAGCUGUCUGCUGUUAAGCACCAGCACCACUGGCGGGAGGGCAAUCUGCCGCCGAACUCUAAAUGCGCGGCUUGCAAGAAAACAUGUUGGAAUUCUGAAUGCCUGACCGGGUAUCGAUGCGAAUGGUGCGGCGUAACGGUGCAUGGCGGUUGUCGUGUGUCACUGGGAUCGGAUUGUCAAUUCGGGAACCUGCAGGCGAUAUAUUUGCCUCCUCAUGCAGUCAGCAUCCCUCGUACGGAGGUGCCUAUGGAGGCCAUUAUUGGCGUGCAGGUUCGGCCGCGGGGCGGACUUACGCGGGACUAUAGCUGUCCUCGAAGUAUUUCAGAAGAAUUCAGCAGUGGGGACGCAGCGAGGUAUCGCGAUGAAGAAAUUAGUUCAUCAUCAGUCAAAACAGAUGCGGGACAUAAUCGUGAUUCUAAAUGCGAUAAGGGUAAAGAGAAGGAGGACAAAGAUGAAGAAGUGAUCAAAGUAUUUGACGGCAAUUGUUCACUCCGACGUCGAAUAUUUCGCACGAUAUCUGUGUCCCGUACAGCAUCAGCCGAGACUCUCCUGCUGGCCUCCCUACGUGCUUUUCACAUUGGCAAAGAACCCAGUGAGUUUUAUUUGACGGACCUUUACGCCGGCGACGAUGUUCGCGUUCAGGAUCCUUUGCCGGUUACUACACUGCAACGUGUCGAAGGAAAACGGCCAGCCGUUUUUCUUCGAUUCAGGAAGAAACUGUAUGAAGUUAUUGUGCAACAAAACUAUGGUACUCUUUCCACGGGCACUCCGACUUACUGGCCAACUGACCCAAUAAAGAAGCCCGAUUUAUUGGAUUUCUUCAUAAGGAAAGGCUUAAACUCUAGGUACACAGAAGUUCAUUCAAGCUACGAUCUCUCUUCAGAUCACUCACCUAUAACUGCUACUAUCUGUGUUCUUCUUAUCAAUGUGCAUGGCGGUUGUCGUGUGUCACUGGGAUCGGAUUGUCAAUUCGGGAACCUGCAGGCGAUAUAUUUGCCUCCUCAUGCAGUCAGCAUCCCUCGUACGGAGGUGCCUAUGGAGGCCAUUAUUGGCGUGCAGGUUCGGCCGCGGGGCGGACUUACGCGGGACUAUAGCUGUCCUCGAAGUAUUUCAGAAGAAUUCAGCAGUGGGGACGCAGCGAGGUAUCGCGAUGAAGAAAUUAGUUCAUCAUCAGUCAAAACAGAUGCGGGACAUAAUCGUGAUUCUAAAUGCGAUAAGGGUAAAGAGAAGGAGGACAAAGAUGAAGAAGUGAUCAAAGUAUUUGACGGCAAUUGUUCACUUCGACGUCGAAUAUUUCGCACGAUAUCUGUGUCCCGUACAGCAUCAGCCGAGACUCUCCUGCUGGCCUCCCUACGUGCUUUUCACAUUGGCAAAGAACCCAGUGAGUUUUAUUUGACGGACCUUUACGCCGGCGACGAUGUUCGCGUUCAGGAUCCUUUGCCGGUUACUACACUGCAACGUGUCGAAGGAAAACGGCCAGCCGUUUUUCUUCGAUUCAGGGAUCGUGAAAUUGAACAUGGUGUUGUGCGGGUUUAUCCUGGAAAACUUCAAGUAUCGGAACCGUUCUGCACGAUACAGGUGACAAAUGACACUACUGUAAAGGAUCUUAUCCGACUAGCAUUAGACAAAUUUGGAUUAAAUGAUUAUCAAUGCGAAGAUUAUCGGUGCUCUGAGAUUCUUCUGGAUAGAGGCGUAUCAGAACGAGUGCUUUCAUGGACUGAAAGACCGUGGGAAAUAGUCAAAUCGCUCGCAAAAGACUCAAUUAGGCAAAUGGAAUUAAUGCGAUUCUAUUUGCAACUAAAACAAGACCCACAUGGUCCAAACUUAGCACUAUUUGUUGCCAAUCUACCACCGGGUUUAUCAGAAAGAAACUAUGAAAAUAUACUUACAGAGUACUUAGGGAAAGAAAACAAAUUUUCUUCAAUUGGUCCUAUUUAUUAUGAAUACGGUUCGCUGGUUAUCACUUACGAAGAUGCUUCUAAGGCAGUGAGAGCAUUGUAUGCGUUACGCGAAUCACGACAUGAAGACAAACACUUUCUCGUUCUUUUACUUCCCAAUAUUGAACCCAGCAUGGUGCCUCAAGGUGUUCAACCACUUCUAGUAUUUGUGAAUGUUAAAUCUGGAGGGUGCCAAGGAUUAGAGUUGAUCUCAUCAUUUAGAAAAUUAUUGAAUCCAUAUCAAGUAUUUGAUCUUGAUAAUGGAGGUCCUCUUCCAGGAUUGUACGUUUUUCGGCAUAUAAAGGAUUAUAAGAUUCUGGUUUGUGGAGGCGAUGGUACCAUCGGUUGGGUAUUGCAAUGUUUGGAUAACGUCGGACAGGAUUCCGAAUGUUCAUCGCCCGCGUGCGCUAUCGUACCUCUUGGAACAGGCAAUGAUUUAGCUCGUGUUUUACGUUGGGGACCAGGGUAUACAGGCGGGGAAGAUCCUCUCAAUUUAUUAAGAGACGUAAUCGAAGCUGAAGAAAUUCGCUUGGAUCGAUGGACGGUUGUCUUCCAUCCUGAAGACAAAUCUGAAGAUCAGAAGCAGCCGACGAAUGUCAUCGUGAGUGGUUCACAAAGCGAGGACAAUUCUCAAAUUUUCGUAAUGAACAAUUAUUUUGGAAUCGGAAUCGACGCCGAUCUCUGCUUGGAUUUCCAUAACGCUCGCGAAGAGAAUCCAAAUAAAUUCAAUAGCAGGUUACAUAAUAAAGGCGUCUAUGUAAAAAUGGGUUUACGUAAAAUGGUUGGACGAAAAAUGUGCAAAGAGCUUCAUAAAGAAGUUCGACUCGAAGUCGAUGGUAAACUGGUAGAACUACCUCCAGUCGAAGGAAUUAUUAUACUAAACAUUCUCAGCUGGGGCUCUGGUGCAAAUCCUUGGGGAGUAGAAAAAGAGGAUCAUUUCACGAAACCUAAUCAUUGGGACGGUAUGCUUGAAGUGGUCGGAGUUACUGGUGUUGUACAUUUAGGCCAAAUACAGUCUGGACUGCGUUCAGCAAUGCGUAUUGCACAGGGUGGUCAUAUCAAAAUACAUUUGAAUUCUGAUAUACCAGUUCAAGUGGAUGGUGAACCUUGGGUACAAAGCCCUGGAGAUGUUGUGGUUCUCAAAUCUGCACUUAAGGCAACAAUGCUGAAGAAACUUAAAUCGAGGCGUCGUCUGACUGAGCCGUACAUUACUCCCGAGAAUGGAAAUGACAAUUGUGAUAAAUCCUAGAAUUUUCAAAAAUCCAGGCACAAUUUCCUAUUGUAUUAUUUAUUUUAAAAACACAUCCUUUGUAAUUGUUUCGCAAAUUAAACAGA